CUGCACAAAGAGCCCCAGGGGCGGCCUUUGCUGCUUUGAGCUCCAACUUCGUCGCUGGACCUCAGCUUCGGAUCGGCGCCGCGCGUCCUCCGUCCACGGCCCUGCGGGUGAAGUUAUGCCCAUGGAUGUAUCAGGAGGGGGGACACGGCGUGGGGUCCUGAGCUGCUGCCCACCACCCCUCCAGCUUUGGGUUCUCGUCCCGGGGAGUUUUCCUCUCUCCAUCCCACGAAGAUCCGUCAGCCGCUCCAUUGCUGCAGCAGCAGCGCUUCGUCCGACUGAACGCACGGUGCAGAGCGAGAGCUGUUUGGUGAUGGAUAAAACACAGCGCAGCACUUUGCUCCUGGCUGUGGGGCUGCUCGGCCCCGUGGGACUGUGGAGAUGGACCUCAGUGCCGUUCCAACAUCACUGCCCUUCUUUUUUAUGGCUCCGUGCGCUCCUAUUCGUGGCAAAGCAACGUACCUUAAGGAUGGAUAUAGAAGACUGUAAUGGACGAUCCUACAUAUCUGGCAGCGGGGAUUCCUCUCUGGAGAAGGAGUUCAGCUCGGCCAUCGCGGGAGCUGCAGUGAGCACGCCCAACAGCCAGCACUCCUCCCCCAGCCGCUCCCUCAGUGAAGGGGUGACGUCGUGAGCUGCCUCCAUUCUGGGGGGAUUUGUUUUAGCUACUUGUUGUCUAUUUGCACUCCAAAAACGCUUAGAAGCUGGGGGAAGAAAUGAAGCCUUAAGUGGAGAGCGGCUCUGUUGGAAGCAAAAGGAGCUGAGCACGUGGACCAGCUGAAAGGGCAGCAAGGAGCCCUUCCCCGUGAGCAGCAGGACGCCGGUGAUGGCAUUGCUCUGAUCUGACUUGACUUCACAGCUGGUUCAUCCAGCCCCAGAGGAGCAAGAAUAUUAUAUAACCUGUUCUGCCGGAGGAGACGGCUCUCUCAGCGCGACCGGACUCAGCGCUGGUUCUGAAAGGAGAAUUACAGAACAAUAGUUGGCCUUCCUCCUGCGCCCAGGAAAGAAAAACAAGUCCUCAGGGGAACGACGUGGGGGGGGGGGGAGGAAGAAAAUCAAAGUGCAGCAAACGUCAGCGCAUCCAGGCAGCUCCUGCCGUCAAGAUUGCAGCGUUUUGCUUUGUGUUUGUGCUCCCUGGGGGCCCCCGCUGCUCCCAGUGGUGCCGGGCAGUGUGGAAGGAAGGUUCUGCUUCUGCCAGGGCUGCUGUGGCUCUGAGCCCCCCCGGCUGCAGCCUGCGGUGCCCUCGGCCGAUGGCUCAGCAGAUGGCCUCAAAGCGCCUGUGGUUGCCAGAGCCGGGCUGGAUGCGUCGCUGCCGUUGCUGAGAGCCUCUCUGGGAAGGCAGCGUUGUGUGCAGGAGGGGAAGCGAGGCAGCGAGAGCUGGGAUUCCUGGGCUCCUCGCUCAGCUUUGUGCCCGGACCCACAUCUGAGAGCCCUCUGCCCGCAGCACAGACCCAGACGAGCCCUGGGGAGCACGUCAGCGUCGGGCCUGGAAGCUUCUGGGGUUCCUGCAGGGCUGUGCUGCCAUGCCUGCCUUCACCAGGGAGCUGGGAUGCUGGCAUCAUCCCCGCCGGCGGCAAAAAUCUCCUUUGUGUCCAUAAAGCUCGGCCCCAGCAGCUCCCCGAAGGGCUCGGGAAGAUCCUCCCGCUUCAAACAGAAGAAAUCAGAGUCUGAUAUUUCAAGGGAUCCUGGAAAUGUUUUCUCUGAGGCUGUGGGCUCUGU